CUCGCGCAUGUCAACCAAACCAUCUCACAUUCGCAUUUACAACCUGGCUCUGUGGCGAUAGGCAUUCUCUCACGUCAUGUCCACUGCAAGUCCGUUUACCCUUACCGACGAUGACGUCGGAAACCCCUUUGCAGAUACUCCAACUUCUCAGCCGUACCAGACUCCAUCCUAUAUUCCGAGCAGCACGACCACCUAUCCAACGUCUACAAAUGCCGAAAACUUAACGGCCAGGGAAGAAGAGCUUCGCAGAAGGGAAGCUGAACUCAACGAGCGCGAGGCGACACUACGACGAGAACAGGAACAAAUGCGGCAGGCUGGGUUCCACCCGCCAAACUGGCCGAAAUUCUAUCCACUCUUCUAUCAUGAUAUUGAUGUGGAGAUCCCUGAGGCUAAUCGAAAAACGGUUUUGCAAAUCUAUCGCUUAUGGUUAGCCACUAUGGUGUUACUGAUUUGGAAUAUGAUUUCGUGCUUGAUGCUACUUGUUUCACAUCCACGGAAUAUGAACAAUGUGGCUAGUGACUUUGGGGUCAGUCUCGUGUAUGUUUUCGUCAUCGGAGGUGCGUCGUUGUACCUAUGGUAUCGACCCAUAUAUAUUGCUUUUCAAAGGAAUACGGCAUUAUACUUCUAUAUCUUCCUGUUGUUCAACGGAUUACAUGUUGCAUUUGCCUUUUACAUGGCGGUGGGAAUUCCGGGGUCUGGUAGCGGGGGAUUCAUCAACCUAUUAGGGGUGCUUACGGACGGAAAAAUUGUUGCUACAGUCUUUUGCGUUGUUGCCUUUGCUGGAUGGAUAUUGGAUGGACUGUAUUCACUGUGGAUGUGGAAAGCCGUGCAUGGUUAUAACAGGUCCGCCGGGCAUACAUUGGAAAGUGCGAGAAACGAGGCUGUAACUUAUGGGGUGCGAUCAGGCGCAGCACAGACUGCGGCAAGUGCAUACGUCCGUUCUGAAUCUGGUAAUUUCACUGUGUAAAGAGUAGGAUAUAUAGGUACAGCAUAGUGUAGGAGCAUAGUAUAGGAAGACAAAUCAAUGUAGAGUGUGUUUUUGGCGUAAAUAGGUCAACCGGAUGGCAGUACCAAAGGGCUUUUUUUUUCAAUUUGGAAUCAUUUUCAAUAAAUAGUAAG